AUGGGAAAAACGCAAAUAUGGGAAAAACGCAAAUAUGGGAAAAAGCAAAUAUGGGAAAAACGCAAAGAUGGGAAAAACGCAAAUGAGCCAAAAACGCAAAUAUGGCAAAAAAGCAAAUAUGGCACAAACACAAAUAUGGGAAAAACGCAAAUAUGGCGAAAACGCAAAUAUGGCAAAGACCUAAAUAUGGCAAAGACGCAAAUAUGGCAAAGACGCAAAUACGGAAAAGACGCAAAUAUGGCAAAGACGCAAAUAUGGCAAAGAUGCAAAUAUGGCAAAGACGCAAAUAUGGGAAAGACGCAAAUAUUGGAAAGACGCAAAUAUGGGAAACAUGCAAAUAUGGGAAACACGCAAAUGUGGGAAAUACGCAAAUAUGGGACAAAAGGCAAAUAUGGGAAAAACGCAAAUAUGGGAAAAACGCAAAUAUGGGAAAAAGGCAAAUAUGGUAAAAAUGCAAAUAUGGGAAAAACGCAAAUAUGGGAAAAACGCAAAUAUGGGAAAAAUGCAAAUAUGGGAGAAGAUAAACUUGUGCAAAUAUGGGAAAAACGCAAAGAUGGGAAAAACGCAAAUAUGGCAAAUACGCAAAUAUGGCAAAAACGCAAAUAUGGCAAAGAAGUAAAUAUGGCAAUGACGCAAAUAUGGCAAAGACGCAAAUAUGGAAAAGACGCAAAUAUGGCAAAGACGCAAAUAUGGGAAAGACGCAAAGAAAGGAAAGACGCAAAUAUGGGAAAGACACAAAUAGGGGAAAAACGCAAAUAUGGAAAAAACGCAAAUAUCGGAAGAACACAAAUAUCGGAAAAACGCAAAUAUUGGAAAAACGCAAAAAGGGGAAAAACGCAUAUAUGGAAAUAA